GAUGAUUGCCCGCUCUCCCGUCUCUUAUUAUUUCUUCUCUUUAUCCUCGUGAUAUACGGCUUGAGUUCUUUUGAUAACUCAACCCUCCUUGGUAUUCUACUUCGUAAGAUAAACCUGACCCGAUGUUCCUUGCAACCGACAUCGACAACCGGACAAAGGGGGGCCCCACAUACCUAGAGGUAAGGACCCUUCAUUAGCGCAGGCGCUACUGUAGUGCACACUGCACAGUAGGUAGAAUGAAUGCCCUGGAACUGCAUGUAAUUCAAGCCAGGAAUUCUAGUAUGUACCAAAUGGCAGAUAUACAGCUAGAUCUAAUAGUAGACUGGAAGGAAGCCCACAGGGGAAUCCAGCUAAAGGCUGAAACACAAAUUUUGACAGUCUACUCAAAU